CUUUUUUUUCAAAAGCAAGCUUUUUUUGGGUGAGUAUUUCUAGGAAGACGAAGAGGCGGGAGACAAAUAAUUGAAAAGUAUUGGUGGAGGGAGUUUCGGGUUUUGGCGGACAGCUUACACCACCUGGACCUCGGUGACACGCUGCGCCUAUAUGAUUCGCCAUAGCAGCAAUCCCUUCCCAGAUCCACAAUUCCUCACUCCAUUUUAGUGCUUUACACGACGGGUCGGCAUCGAAUUUGGUUCCGGGAAGGAGAAAUCUUUAAUGGCGGAUUCUCAAAGCAUCGCUAGGUUUCUGAACCCCUGGGCUCUUCAUCUUCAGAAGCUCGGUCUCGAGCUCAAAUGCCCGAUCUGCCUGAAAUUGCUAGAUAAGCCGGUAUUGCUUCCUUGUAAUCACAUUUUCUGCAAUUCUUGCGUUCCCGAAUGUACCCAGUAUGAAUCUGAAUGCCUUGUGUGCAAUCACCAGUUCAUUAAUCAAGACAUUAGGCCUGCACCAUACAUUGAAAAUAUAGUAUCUAUAUACAGAACCAUGGAUUCUGCAUUAAGUGCUGUUUCUCCAUCACUGUCAGCCAUUGGAAGAUCUUUCCAGCAGUCACCAAUGUCUGUUAGUUCUGCUCAAGGACAAUCACCAUCAAAGAUUUGCAAUGUUAAAUCCGAUAUACGUGAAAAAUGUGAAAUGCGCCCUUGUUCGGUGGACAAGAAAGUUGAUGGGAAGCCUUCAGCAGAGGAAGAUGUGAAUCGUUUGCCACAACAUUCCCCAGCCAGCUAUAUUACAUCAGAUGACAACAAAGAAGCGGAUGCCAAUACGUGUCAAAAAGAAUACCAGAAUUUGGGUUUUAGGAAAACAACUGCAAAUAUGUCUAGCGUGGAUGCUCAACAUGUGAACACAAGCGAAACUAAAUGCAGAAGUAGAGAAGAUGAUGAUGAUGAAUCUCUUGAAAGGGAUAACAAGAGACACAAGAAAUCAAACAGCCAGAGUGAUGUUGUUUCUGAUUCUUCCCUCCCUGUAUGUGCAUUCUGCAAAUCCUCAAGUGCAACAGAUGCUUCAGGACCAGUUGUGUUUUAUACACAUGGAAAGGAGGGUGUAGAAUCUCUUCCUGAUAGCAUACCUGUUCAUAGACGUUGCAUUGACUGGGCACCUCAAAUAUAUUAUGAGGGAGACAUCAUAAAAAACUUCAAGUCUGAAUUGACUAGAUCAGCAAAACUCAAAUGUAAUGAAUGUGGACAGAAAGGGGCAGCACUUGGCUGUUAUAUGAAAUCUUGUCCGAAGACAUAUCACCCGCCCUGUGCAUUUGAGUCAGAAGAGUGUCGAUGGGAUAUGGACAACUUUUUGAUGUUGUGUCCAAGUCAUACUUCUGCUAGGUUUCCAACUGAAAAGCCAAAAUCUAGGAAGAGUUCCAUUGUUGGAAGUCAUAAGAAAUCUAAGCUAUCCACCAAGCAGUCCAACUUUUGGUCAACAUCACCCGAUGGGCAAAAGGAAUGGGUUCUAUGUGGGUCUGCUUUGUCACCGGAGGAUAAGUGCACUUUGGUAGAGUUUGGUAAAAUGUGUGGCGCAACGGUGUCCAAACUAUGGACGUCAAAUGUGACUCAUGUUAUUGCGGCAGUAGAUUCUGAGGGUGCAUGUGCAAGGACCCUCAAAGUUCUCAUGGCGAUUUUAGGUGGAAAAUGGAUCAUUUCAAUGGACUGGGUUAGAGCCUGUUUGGAGGCUAAUUGCCAUGUGAAUGAAGAGCCUUACGAGAUCAAUUUGGACAACCAUGGGUGCUGUGAUGGGCCCAAGAAUGGCAGACUAAGAGCUUCAACCGAUGCACCAAAGCUUUUUGAGAGCCUAAGGUUUUAUCCGAGUGGAGACUUCGUGGGACCUUUUCUGAAGGACUUGCUUGAGUUGGUUAAAGUGGCGGGAGGGACUGUCGUGGAGAGGAAAGAAGACCUCAUUGAUGCCAAAGGGCAAAAUUGUCUGAUCGUUUAUAAUUGUGAUCCUCUUAGGGUGUCCAUGCCAGACGCAGAGAGGUCCAUCGUCCCAAAAAGGCUUGAAGAAGCAGAGGAUUUGGCUAAGCAGAGCGGUUCUUUGGUGAUUAAGCACACUUGGAUUCUGGAAUCCAUUGCUGCUUGUGAUUUGGUUCCUUUUGUAUGAUGAGGAAUGGAUGCAUUAAUGUUUGAGCUUUAUGGUUUGGUUUUAUUGUAUUCCUUCUCAUGAUAUAUCAUAAUCAAAUACUCCCUUGUCG